CCUCCCAUGGACCACUCCACCAUCAGCCUCCAGAUGGGCACCAACAAAUGUGCCAGCCAGGUGGGCAUGACGGCUCCCGGCACCAGGAGACACAUCUAUGACGCCAAGAUGGGGACGGAGAAGUGUGACAACUCGUCCAUGUCGCUGCAGAUGGGCUCCAACCAGGGCGCCAACCAGAGCGGCCAGGUCUUUGGCUUGGGCCGCCAGAUCUACGACCCCAAGUACUGCCCGCAGGGCAGCCAGGGCGAGGUGGCCAAUGCUGCCUGCGACGAGGGCGGGGACCCCCCCGCGUACCACUACUACCGUGAGGAGGAGAGCUACUGAGCGGGACGUUGUCCAGCCCCGUCUCGCACCAUCUCAUGUACAGACCCCAC